CUGCUUCCAUGGACAGCCAGUUCUAUGACAGCUAGCAAAGUCCCAAAGGCUACGUACAUUUAAUGUUGUUUUCUUUCUACAUAGAUAGCUAGAUAGCUUGCAGGUUGUAGCUACAUGCUCCUCAAUUCCAUUAAUGCUAAUUUCAACGUUAUUUCCUGAAAGCAUGACCAGAAUGAACCGUUUUAAUUCCACCGUCCCAGAUGAUGAGUACCUCGCGGACAGUAAUGUGUUGUUCUACCUAAGUGAUGCAGUGACCCAGCUGCUGGAGCAUAAAGAGGAAUACACCCAGUUUGGGAUGAUACGCUACUUUGCCGAAUAUUUCAGCAGUGUAAAGAACAGUAACCACGUGCUCUUCAGAGAGUAUAACUACAUUAGAGCUACUCCUCAUAACAGAGCCUCGUUCAUCAGAGUCUUCUGGAGAUGCUACAGACAGACUGGCAAGAGUGGAGAAUUGCUGUCCAUGCUGGAGUACAGGUCGCUGCUGCAGUUAUUGUGUCCAGACUUCCCUUUGGACAUUGUGCAGAGUUCAGCCAGAAUUGUUGUAAUGGAGGACGCCACAGACUGUCUGAUGUCUUUCUCUGAUUUCCUCUACGCCCUGCAGCUCCAGUUCUACUACCAAGAGUUCCUGGACAGCGUGCUGCUAAUCUACCAGGACCUGUUAGCAGGGAAGAGUCCCAACACUGUCAUCGUCCCCACGUCCACCUCCAUCGAGCAGCUCCCCUCUGUGGCUGCAGAGGAGAACGACAAGGAGGAGCAGCAGCAAGACGGAGUGGAGCCGUCCUCUCUCGCUCAGUGUAUAGAAGCCCUCUGUGACAGGUUCAAACGCAGUCAUCCUCCCAGGUCCUGCAUGAGAGAAGUACUGGAACAGACAAACAAAGUCUCUUACUACAGCUUCGUAAUGAGUCUGGCUAAACAUGAGACCAUCAACCAAACUAUUGGAGCAUUACCCAGCAAGGCAGAGCUGCUCAUUGACCCAGAGAUGGACCAGGAACUGGAUAAACUAAUCGCCCAGAUCUCUGUGAGUCCUGGCAGCAACAGCAGUGGCAGUGCAAUCGGGGGUCUAAAGGAGGUGCAGAGAAAGGCUUCCCCCAGGAGGAACAUCCACCACAGGAGGAAGAUGGAGGUGGAAAGUGAUGGUUCCACAGAAGAGACCGACUCCUCGGAAAACUGACCUCUUACCUUUCACCAGUCCGUAACAUGUCACUUUUCAUCUCAAGUCCAAACACACUGUGGCAUGUCCAAACUUUGUUGGUCAUUAUUUGCUAUGUAAACCCAAACACUAGUGCAAGAGAAACAUUUCACCUUGUGGCAGAAUAUGCCAUUGUCUUCUCUGUGUCGAGCAUUGAUGUCCAGUAAAGCACUGAGUGCUUCUACAUCACAAUACCUCUAUAUAGGUGCGUUUCCACUGAGUAGUUUUUGGAAAGCAGCUGAGUGUUUUGGCUACGCCCACUAGUUAGUUCCCCUCGGCCUCUGUUCCCAUACAGGUACUUUUGUAGCUGCUAACCAACAGAGUUCGAAUGUGACAACAGACUGACGUAGCCAGCAGUGUUGCCAACUUAUAUUUAGCAACUAUUCCAACCCCUCUUGUGACUCUUUUUUAAAAAGCGACUAGCAACAAAUCAAGCGACUUUUUCCGGUGUUAUUGGAGAUUUUGGAGACUUGUUCCUACUCUUCUAAACGAGUAGCAGACGCUGUCCCAAAGCACUCACAAGCGGCCCAGUCUUCCCGCAGCAGUCUCUCCCAGCUGCAGUCAGAGCAGGAUUUGUUAACCCCUCAGUGUCCAGUCUGCAAAUGAAUCACACAUGUGUGAAAUUGCCGUCUCAACCGUAUCCAAUCAGCAUAGACUAGUUAGUAGCGGCUCAGAAAAGUAUCUCAAGCCACACCCAUAGCGGCUCACUAGAGGGAAAAGUACCUAAUGGAAAUGCACCUUAUGUAGGGCAAAAAGUGCCAUUGGAAAAGCCCUAUAUGUGUUGUGGCAUCAUAAUGAUGUGCAAGUCUCAGUCUGUUCAUGGUCAUGUGACAUGCAAUUGGUCUGGGGUGGCAGGGUGUUUUGAAUUUCACAAAAUGUUUGUAUUGGUUGCCAAUAAUGCUAUUUAUUUAGCUAGUGAUGAGUCAUACACACAAUAAUAUAUAUAUAAAACAUAUUUAAAAUGUCUCUGAAAUUCUGUUAUUGUCAUGUUGGAUAAGGCUCUGAAACAGCAUUUAUACAUCUUGAAGCCGGGUUCACAGCGCCCUCAAGUGCUGCCCGCUGCCUUUCAGUGCCCUUGUUAACCAGCUGAGCUGUUCACUCCUGGUGUGGCACCAUGGAGGUCUGCUGCCAGUUCUCAAUCUGCACUGAUCAUUUUGGCUUCUGGUCGAUUUUCUCUGUGUGCCAAGAAUGAAUCAGGCAUGAAGCACUGUGAUAAUCUAUAAUAAACUAUAUGAAGGAGUGGUAACUACAACACUGGAUGGGAACUUAUAUGUUUCUUGAGGAAAGUAUUUUAAUUUCAUUUUGAUUAAAGUUCUAUAUUGAUGUAUCUAUUGAUCUAGAUUCAAGCUAAAAAGAACAACAGACUAUGAACAGGACUUUCUGAAGGAAUGAUUAUUUUUCAUAACCUACACAGUGAAUAAGCAUCAGCUGUAUUUACAUUGCCAAGUUAUUUGUUUUCUUGUAAUUUGUGAAAUGAAUGACCUGAAGCUCAAUAUGUGAAUAUAUGACUAAUGGAUAUCUUACACUGAAUAAUAAAGAUGUGACUGUGAAACCUGG